AUGAAAAGACUAUUUCGAACGAGCAAAUCUCCUGUUGUUGAUCCGUUACCUCCUCCACCUAUACCUACUUCAACACCCGCUUCAGGAACUUCCACGCCUACACAGCAUCAUCAUGAACAUAGGUGGCCUUUUGGUAAUUCCCAUCAACAUGAAGUGACCCCUUUUCCUGUUGAUGUAGGUCCUACGCAAACAUCAUCGGUAUCUAAUGGAAGAAAAGGAAAAGAGAGAGGACAUUCAGGUGGUAAUCCAAAUAUAUCAAGUAUACCAAGUUUAUUGGAGAUACAACAGAUGAAAGAGAAAGAACAACAUUCAACGAGAUCUGGUCCUGGGAUAUCAUCUUCACCUAGACAACGUAUGAAUCAAUUACAACAACAACCUCUCCCAUCCCACCAGCAACCGCAACCACAACAACGUCAAUCACGAGGAUAUGUGAAUUCAAUAUCUUCACCAGAUGGAUGGACUGUAGUCUCGCCCACAACACAAGCAAUGCCUAUUCCAAAUAAUGGAUAUGAUCCGCCAUACAAUCCAUCCGACUUGACCCAACCUCUACCAGUUCCUAAUGCUUCAUUCGGAAGUUCUACUCCACCGGCGGGUAAUAUAUCUCCGUCUAGCGCAUCAGGUCACACAGCUUUGUACCUUCCUCCAGGUGCUAGACCUGCUACUCCUCCUUCGACGAGACCACCUUAUCCCGCUCCGACUGGUAGCGCUCGUCAUUCUCAAUCUAGUCUAAAUAGUAUGUCAACGGCUCAUUAUGGUGUGAACAAUAAUGAAGGUGACAUGAUCAACGUAGUUAUACCACAUGGUACUGGUAGGGAAAGGGGUCACUCGGUAGUCUCAAACACCGGCUCGAUAUCUACUAGAUCGGAACAUGAUACUGUCAACUCCAAUUCUACGUACACUGGCCGUAAUACCAAUAACGAUCCUUCUUAUAGUAAUGUUGGCAAUGUCAACCAGCCUCAGCCUCAGAAACUCCAGAAACCUCAACAACUUAUUCACCCUAGCAGAUCACCUUUAGCAAACUCUUACCCAUCACCUGAGCUCACUUCUUUCCCUAAUCCCCAUCCUUACACCGCACCGUUCCCCCCUCAAGACCAAGCCCCUAUUCCUUAUUCAGCGAAUAGUCGUGAGGAAAUGCCCAAUGCGGUGAAUCUCGCAAGAAGAGGAAGUCAAGCAGAUGGACAUGGACUGAAGGAGAAGAAACGGGGCUUUUUAGGCAUGGGAUGGGGUAAAGGCAAAGAGAAGAGGGAGAGCAAUGCUGGAUUGGAUGGUAAUAAGCCAUUACCCGAAGAACCUAGAAGAAGCUCAGAUGGUUGGAGAGGAGAGAACGAUAGUCAGCCUUCUUCUACUCAUGGCCACUCAACCGGUCAUGGACACGAACAGGAGGACGCACCCAGAGGAAGGUUACUAGGUCUCGAUUUUGGUGGCGGAAAAAAAGAUUCAAACCAGCAACCUCCAGAUGUCAAUUCAGCUAUCAAAUGGCUGUGUACGAUGACAGAUCCGCCUCCAGGAAAUAUUUACGAUGUAUGUGAUCGUAUUCACAGGUCAGAGGGCGCCGAUGGAAUUGCUAGAGACGCAGCUAGAGCUUUAAGGAAAGAGUUCAAGCAUGGUAAUGAGAACGAAAGGAGAAACGCUGCCAAAGUUUGGCUGUAUCUCAUGAGGAAUAUCUCAGGCAAAGGCUUCAGACAAAAUGCGUCGAGCAAGAAAUUCUUAUCCUCCCUUGAGCCUAUUCUCCUUGCACCUGCGACUAAACCUCUUGUAUCUCAAUCGACCUACAGACUCAUUACGGAUAUAUUGUCAGAUCUGACUUUCUCUUAUGGUCAAGAAAAAGGCUGCGAAGGGCUGGUUGAGUUUUGGAAGAAGAUCAAAUUACCUCAAGAGUCUGAAAUCGGGAACCCCCUUCCCAUUGACCAUCCGAUUUUCAGUCCUGAAGCAUUCUACGGGCAACGACCAAACCAAGGAUUUACAGGCCCUCCUGCUCAUUCCCUUCCUGGAUCGCGUCGCCCUUCCUCUCCUUCCUUACAGAAUCUAUCUUCUCAGCAGAACUCGGGUCUUCCGCCUCCACCAAAUCGACGUGGACCCUCUCCUAGUCGCUAUGGUGGACCAGGCUAUGCAAAUCUUCCGUCGCAUGGAGAUGACGUGAAACGCCUAACAGAUGAAUGUACAGCAGCCAAGGAAAGCGCCAGAGUUUUGAGCGAAGCGUUAGUCUUCACCAGACCUGAGGACAUCGAUCAUAAACCCAUAAUAGGAGAAUUCUACCGCAAGGUCUUCCUCGCUCAUGAAUCUCUGACCAAUCAAAUGGACUGGGCACAAGCUGAAGCUUCUCGUUCAAGAGAAAGUCAUGCGUCCCUGACUCUUGAUGGCAAUGCUAUCGAAGACAAUUCGCGACAUGACACGGCGGAAGAAAGCGCUUUGGCCAUGAUACUUGAUGCACACAGUGCUUUAGGUGAAGCAUUGAAACAACAUGACGAUCUGUCUAAAUUAGCCGGUGAAGAACAACAAAUGAGAGAAGUGAGGGAAAGAAGUAAGAAAGAUACCAGGAUGGGAAGAAGUGAACAAAAUCACGAGCAGUCAGGUUUGUUCCCACCUGCCAAUAAUCAAUCUCAAGCAUCUUCUUCCAGAUCACCUUCGCCGGUUCCCCAUGUCAGGCUACCAUCUGUUUCUACCCCCAAUGUCACUUCAUCGCCGAGAAAUUAUGAGAUCCCCUUACCUCCUCCUUCUGUCGCGGGGUCCAAUAAUCCAUUUAGGAAUGUUUCGAACGAAUCUGGUGCAAGGUCAAGAACACCCUCACCUGAUCAACAUCAUCCAUUGCCACAACCACCUAAGCUCAGUUCGUCACCGGGAACAAGAACAGCUUCACCUUUAGGUAGAUCAAGAAUGGGUGGACCAAGACCACUUCCUAAUCCCUUCGCCAAAACGAACAACACCAACAACGCGUCUCAUCAAUCUUUAGCUAACUUGAUGAACGGAACUAAUACCAAUACCAAAUCAAGUGGGACGGGAACUCCAUCAGAUGGUCCUUCAAGAAGUGGCACGGGUGAUACACCUUCCCGAAGCGGUACAAACGAUAGUCAAGAUAUAUCCAACAAUGGUAUUUUAGAGAUUGAUGGAGAUGAUUUACCUCCCAAACCGAUUAAACCAAGUAGAAAAGCUCUCGGUAAAAGAAGAGCUGUCAUAGACGAAGAUAAUGACUUUGACCCCAAUGACAUGUUUGUUCCUAAUCCAUUGGAUCCUAGAGCUCAAUCAAGGGAUAAACAACCUAAAUCCACUGAAUCACACGAUGAUUCUUCAGAUGAAUUUUCGGCACUGAAUGAUGAAAACAACAAGAACAAAACCCACAAACACAAAAUUGUAUACGCUUAUGACGCUUAUGAAGAACGACAAAAAGAAUUGAAAAAAGCUACUGAAGCAAUGAAAAUCUCAGAAAGGUAUGGCGGUGGUGCAGGUGGAGGAAGUAAUGCAGGGCAAUAA